CCUCGUUCUUAUAAGCAAGACGCUCGUCCGACCAACGCAUUCGAGAGGAUCGUUCUUAACACGAGAAGCUCCUUCAACGUCAGGCACCUCAGCGUCUACCUGCAUUUGGGCAAUCAGUGAAAACAUCUAAAACAUGAUGUUUAAAAGCUUGGUCGCGUCUCUGUCGCUGCUGGUCGUCGCAGGAGUGAGUCACGGCCUCCCAGCCGUCGUCACGGCCCCUCCUCAAGUGGCCGCCCAGUGCCCCUACACGCCGGGGCCGAUCCCUCUGCUGCUGCCCAACCCCGUCGACUGCGGCUCCUUCUACAUGUGCAGCUGGUACGGGACGGCCCUGUUGCAGCACUGUCCUCCUGUGCUGCACUUCAACGCCAAGCUGCAGGUGUGUGACUCUCCUGAACACGCCAACUGUGUACAGAGAACCACAACUGCUCCUGUCUCCAGUACCACUACUGCUGUGCCAGCCUCCAAUGUGACCACAGUUGUUCCUAUUUCCAAUGUGACCACAGCUGUUCCUGUCUCCAAUGUGACCACAGCUGUUCCCGUCUCCAAUGUGACUACAGCUGUCCCUGUCGCCAACGUUACUACAGCUGCCCCACUCUCCAAUAUAACUUCAGCUGUUCCAGUCAACAGAGGAGCCACAACAGGAGUGAGUCACGGCCUCCCAGCCGUCGUCACGGCCCCUCCUCAAGUGGCCGCCCAGUGCCCCUACACGCCGGGGCCGAUCCCUCUGCUGCUGCCCAACCCCGUCGACUGCGGCUCCUUCUACAUGUGCAGCUGGUACGGGACGGCCCUGUUGCAGCACUGUCCUCCUGCGCUGCACUUCAACGCCAAACUGCAAGUGUGUGACUCUCCUGAACACGCCAACUGUGUCCAGAGAACCACAGCUGCCCCUGUCUCCAGCACCACUACUGCUGCCCCAGUCUCCAAUGCGACCACAGCUAUUCCUGUGUUUAAUAUAACUACAGUUGUUCCAGUCAGCAAUGUAACAACAGCUGUUCCUAUCUUCAACGGAACCACAGCUGUUCCUUCUCCACUGUGACCGCAGCAGUUCCAAACUCCAGUGUAAUUGUAGCUGCUUCCAGAUGUUCUAGUCUCUUGUAUCUCCAGUUGCUCCAGUAUCCAGAGUAACUCAGACGAACGCCAACAAUAUUGCUGUCAAGAUGUUUCUUAAUAUGCCAUGCAUUUAUUUUGGAAUAAACCGCUUAAAUACUUUAUGU